CACUACAUGGUAUCGUGAGGAAAUAUCUUCAGAUCCACUAGGCAUACCUAGUAAUAGUAUUUGUGAAAGACCGUAGGAAAGAAGUGGGCUCAGGAUGAACAUCUUAUUCCACUCUCCGUUGAUUUUUGUUUAUGCUUUAAUAUGCCUGAGCCAUUUUACUUACUCUGAAACAGCCACGGGCCAACCGCUUACUUGUGAGGAAAACCAGUUCAAAUGCAUGCACCGAUGUAUUCCGAUAAGUUGGAGAUGUGACGGAGAUUACGAUUGUGUUGAUGAGGACGACAAAACAGAUGAAGAAAAUUGUCCCUCCCGUACAUGCCCAGAAGAUGAAUUUACCUGUAAAUCUGGUCAUUGUGUACCAAUGAGGUGGACAUGUGACAAAGAAACUGACUGCCUUGAUGGAUCUGAUGAAACUGAUAUUUGUCAAAACAAAUCCUGCACAAUGGACCAGUUCAGUUGUGGCAAUGGAGAAUGUAUUCCAGCCAGCUGGCGAUGUGAUGGCUCCCCAGACUGUGCUAAUGGCCAUGAUGAAAACUGCACCUCUCCUACCUGUGCAAGUGAUGAAUUCAGGUGUGACAAUUCUAAGUGUGUCAACAACAAAUGGCGGUGCGAUGGAGAUGACGAUUGUGGUGACAAAAGCGAUGAGAAAAGUUGUGCCCCUUUAACUUGUACUGCUGAGGAGUUCCAAUGUGCAGACAAGCAGUGCAUUGACCAGCUAUGGUAUUGCGAUGGGGACCCAGAUUGCAACGACCAGAGUGAUGAAUCCAACUGCACAACCUCCAACACUACGAUCUGCUCCUCAGAAACCGAAUGGCAGUGCCGCACUGGUGAGCAAUGUAUCCACAGUUCAUGGAAGUGUGACAAUGAUGAAGAUUGUUUGGAUGGAUCUGAUGAAGUAGACUGUAACCCAACCUGUCGCCCUGAUCAGUUUAAAUGCGAUAGCGGUGACUGCGUUUAUGUCACCCUCAAAUGUGAUGGCUACAUCGAUUGCGUAGAUGGAUCCGAUGAGUCCAACUGCUCCAAAACAGAAAAGUGUCCAAGUAACAAGUUUGAUUGCUAUAACAAUGGAUCUGUGUGUAUUGAACCUACCAAGUUGUGCGACACGAGAAUGGACUGUGACAACUAUGCUGAUGAGGAAAACUCGCUUUGUGAAACCAAUUCGACAACUUCGGGACGAAAAAAGUUUGAUAACGCAUGCAAGUACAAUAAUGGCGGUUGUAUGCAAACAUGCAUUCCCAUCGAUAAAACGAACAGACGAUGCGAGUGUUUGCAUGGCUUCCGAUUGAAUGGCGAUACUGCCUGCGAAGACAUCAACGAGUGUGAUCAGUGGCCACCAGUCUGCUCCCAGAAAUGUGUCAAUGAGAAGGGAUCAUACAAAUGUGAAUGCAUUCCUGGAUACUACCCAGAAAUACUCCCCGAUGGACAACAUAUCUGUAAAGGUGUUGGUGAGAAGGCCUGGCUGCUCUUUGCCAACCGACAUGACAUCAGAAAGCUGGAGGUGGACGGUAUGAUUCUGCAGCCAGUCGUGAGCGACUUGCAAAGUGCCAUCGCUGUUGACUAUGACUACUACAACAAAGUAGUGUACUGGUCGGACAGUCACGAGGAAAAAAUUAUGAAAGCCAAAAUGAAUGAGAAAGGCGAGGUAAAUGGGACUGCAGUACCAGUCAUCAGCACUGGGUUGAAGACUCCCGAUGGAAUUGCUGUGGACUGGAUUCACCACAAUAUUUACUGGACAGAUACUGGCUAUAACACCAUCGAGGUUGCUCCUGCCGAUGGAUCCAUGAAAAAGAUUCUGGUAGACAAAGAUUUGGAUGAACCAAGAUCCAUUGCCGUGGAUCCAAGGAAUGGAUGGUUAUACUUCUCUGACUGGGGCACUCAUCCCAAGAUUGAGCGCAUUGGAAUGGACGGUAACCUAAACAGUAGAACCACUAUUGUGAAAGAUAAUAUUCAGUGGCCCAAUGGCUUGUGCUUAGAUUAUGCCAAUGAAAAGGUCUACUGGAUUGAUGCAAAGCUGAAGAGUAUUUUUGCUGCUGAAUUAGAUGGAAGCAAUGUCAAAAGAAUUCUUCAUAAUGCUGAACAAAUUCUUCAUCCAUUCUCCUUGACUAUUUUUGAGGACUAUGUUUACUGGACAGAUUGGUCAUCAGAGGCAAUUCGUAAGGUGCACAAAUUCACAGGGGAAGAAUACACACAAUUGGCCCUCGGUUUGAGAUCACCAAUGGACAUUAAAGUCUAUCAUGAACAAAGACAGUUGCACAGUCCCAACAAGUGUGGAUUUUCCAAUGGAGGUUGCUCCCAUCUGUGUCUUCCAGCCCCAACAGAAUACAACGCCGCUGGAUAUGCCUGUGCUUGUCCAGACAACAUGGUGCUUAUGAGUGGAAAACAAUGUCGUGAAAGUGCACCAAGACCAACUGAAAGCCCAUUACCAACUCCUUCAUCUAAGACAGAUUCCCCAAAUAAUACAAACAGAAAUUCCUCUAGUUCUCAUGGUGUUACUGAAAGACCAAUGACAUCAGAGAUCCCCAAGAUUCCAGUUGUUACUACCUCAAAGCCUGAAGUCCCAGAGAAACCUGUGGUUACCCCCAAACCUGAGAUAACUACCAAAAGGCAUGGAAUUGCUCCCAUCAGCACAGACAGCCCUUACCAUGUAGUGACGGGUAAAGACAAUAACGAAACGGUCGUCAGGAAACAAACAGAAAGUCCCGUCGGAACUGUGGCUGUCAUUGCUAUUGCUGUGGUGGUGGGCCUAGCAGUUUUGGUUGUCAUUAUUGGUUGUUUCAUUUACCGAAGAUACACAAAGAGGAACAUCAAGAGCAUGAAUUUUGACAAUCCAGUGUAUAGGAAAACGACAGAGGAAACUGUCCGCAUUAACAGAGACUCUGCCUUGGAGCCAUUGAAUGCCGAUCCCAUGGAAGUUUGAUGAUAAAGAAGUGUUGUAGUGACAUUCCAUUGACAAUAGGCUCUAUAUUUUCCUAAAACAAAAUCGUUCAGGAAUUGACAAUAUUGAUUUUAAGAUAUUGAGUGGAAGAUCGGAGAGCUAAACGGCCAGGCCUCAAAUGCGAGUUGUAUCCAUAUCCAAGCUGUGUGGCUACGCGUACCGCAAUACAUUCCAGUAAAGCCUACCGCUGAAUACAACACCCAAGACUGUGCUGGCCGCGCCUUAUCUACUGCCGUGGUCUAUGGAGCAGUAUAAAACUCUAUACCGAUGGACCCUAACCCCCACCCCCCUCUACUCUCUCAUUUUCUCAUUUUACUUCAAGAAUACUCUUAUUUUGAAUUCUGAGUAGAAGCAAUCUCUUGUAUUUCUCUACAUUGUUUUUAUUUACACCACGAUUUAGAAUGUUACUGCAUUUAAAAUAGAUUUGCAAUUAUUGAAAAAUACUUAUUUGUGCAUAAUGGAGAACAAAGAAUCUGCAUUUAUUUUGAAAUUUAUAGAGUUCAAUCUUUUUUUUUUCUUUUUCUAUUUUUAUUCCUUUUGUGUGAAUGUUAAGUAAAUGUAAUGGAUGAAUUGUAUACUGUAUGACACAAGUGAGGGUAAGAGAGCCCAGUAUGUAUUCAGACUGUUUUGUUUAUGUUUUUGUUAUUUAUUUUAGUUAAACAUGUUAAUGCUAAUUUAAGCUUUGUUCACAUGUAGAUGGAAUGGAUUUAGAUAGAAUGUUGUGUAAGAUAGAAAUAGAGACACAGAAGGUACCUAGCUGUGCUUGUAUAUAAGAUUUUGUUCAUUGUAUGGAGAGUCAUUCACCCAGAUAUCAUUAGUUUCAUGUGUGUAUGGUAUAAUAGAUGUCAUUUUAUUGCCAAUCAUUCGUAUGACUGAAGAUGUAUAUUUCAUGUAUUUAUUGAAAUUGGAUUCAAUUGCAAAGAAAUUCACAUUCUGUUGUGCCCUGGGAUAUUUACAUGCACCUCGUACCAAUCCUUUUAAAUUUCCAUGCAGUAAUGUAUUUGUAGUGUCUAAUAUCUCUACUAAAAUUUAAAUGGAGUCUUAGAUGACACAGAAUGUCAAAGUGUUAAAUCUGCAUAGCCUACAAUGAGGUUUUAGUUAGUCCCGUUACUGUUUUAAUGCAGACCCAAGGCACAAUGGCUUGUGUAAUGUAGCUUUAUGUGAUAUAUUUCAGUGCUAGUUUUGGGAGACUUCCUAGUGAUAAAAUGUUUGUACAUUGUAGUUUGUAAAUAUGUACAUGUUUAGCAUUGGAUAAGUUUAUGUUUUUAUAACUGUGUAAUGCUAUAGUGUAAAAACGUCCGUUCUACUCAAGCAAAAACUUUAAACAGUGAAAUAUUACCUUGUGUAAAGCUUUAGAAUAUUGAGACACGUAGUUAGGAAACCUUGAAGGUUACUUGACACUGCCUACCGGCUUUUUAAAAUUAUUCAAGCGCAUUUUGAAAUCUCGCAUCGUUUGACUUAAUUUUGUGUUCAUAACUAUUUUUAGGCACUAUUUUAAACUGGUUUUUCUAUCAUUUAUUUGUUAUUAUUUAGAGAUAUUCAAAAAUUCACAAAUUGUAUUGAUUUGCUAUUUAAUUUAGAAUGAUGAAAAUGAAUGGUCAUCAAAACAUUCCAGUGCAAGUCGCUUUAAUGUUUAUCUGUAGGUGAAUCAUGUUUCUACUGUUUAACAAUUUGAUUUUUUGUGCCAAAUUUGUGUGCAUGUAUAUAGUUCUUGUUUGUAAAUCUUUUGCUUGAAUGUGAAGAAUGAUUCAUGUUGUUCAUUGUUUUGGCACGAAGUGCUUUUUGGAGAAUAAAAUGUAUGAAAACUUGAAA